AUGCCGUUUUUGGCGUCGACGACUAAACCCCCGACAGCAGUCAGUGGUGCGGUGACAGGAAAUUUCUUGGGGGAUGGGGAGAAACUUGUUCUCCUUAGUCGGUUAAACAUUGUUUCGCUAUUCAGGGCAGAUGAUCACUCUUUUGAGCACGUAGCCGAUUUUAGCUUGUUCGCUUCUCUAAGAUUUGUCGAGAGCCUUCCGCUUUUCGACAAUAGAGGCUGUGGUCGGCAUGUUGUGUUUUUCCUCUCCGUCAAGCAGGAGGUGUCAGUCGUAGCGUUCGAGCGGCGCAACAAUGGGCUCAUUGGUAUGGUGACUCUAUUCCACGGUGAUGUGGAGACGUACUUCCAUCAGGGGAAGAUUAACGACGCUUCUCUGUGUUGCUCCGGAGUCUAUCGAUCGACCACUGGUAAUUUACUGCCAAUUGUGAUCUUCUCCAUUUACCGUGGCGGAGUGAUUGGAUUUGACGUUGCUGCCGCCAUAUCUGGUUACAGCCGAGACUCGAAGACGGCGGCCGCGGCACUCAACGCCCUUUUCCCAUCAGAUUACGUACAGGGCGUGUUGAAGAAGACGAAACGACGCUCCAAUUUUGCCCAUGGAAAUUUUGCUGCUGCCGAAAUAGAUGUUAGGAGUAUUGCGUUAGACCACAGGGAUGGUAUUGAUGGCGCGGUGUCUCUGCUCGUGCUCUAUGCGGACUUGACCGGAAAGACACACGUCAGCGAGUACUUGGUUAACUUUUGGAGAAAUGCUGAUCAGCGUCGGGUACCUAAAACACAGGGCCGAUCGCGGAUCCCAGAGGCCUUGAAUAUACUUCCUGGAGGUGACAUAAUUCAGAGGAAAGGGCUUCUAUCAACAAGUGUGGAGACAAAUGCAUGCCUACUGCAUGUGGUUCCCGAUGGUUUUUUCAUUCUUGGACCACAGCUUCUGAACUUUUGCUCUUGGAAGUCAUCUGGUGUUCAAUCCGGCUCUUCGAAGAAUGUGACGACGCUUGAGGUUCCCCGUCUUGGCGCAUAUGUUGAACCGGUGUGUUGUGCUACCCUUCCUGGUCAGGAGUUACUUAUUUUGUUCGAAGAUGGGAGUUAUCUUAAGGUCUCGGUAAGGGAUGAUUGUGAGGGAUUAAAUUCAGGGAAAAGUAUGUUAAGUCAAUCUUCGGGGGCGCCUUUACGUACCAUACCGAAGUGUGUAGCGGUUGUGGGAGAGUGCUGCGUUGUUGGUUCGCACAUGGACCACACUCUCUGGAUGCGUUGGCUCACGGGUGAGAGCGGGGUUUUGGUCUACAACUGUGGGCCUGUAUUUGAUGUCACAGUGGCUGCGGAUGGGUCUCGCACCAGUGUGAUUGCGGGCACUGGUGUUGGGUUGAACGGUGGUUUGAGUUUCGUGCGCUCUGCAGUAAGCGUGCGACAAGACAUACGUGUUACCGGUUUGCAGAAUGUGAGGCAAAUUAGCGUCUCUGAAGAUACUAUUAUUUUUUCACUUCCCGGAUAUAGCCGAGUUUGUCGCUACUGUGUGGGGGAGACGAUGGUGCUGGAAGAAAUCCACAAUACGUUUUUUGGGACAGAAGAGACGUUACUUCUCGAAUACAACAAUGAACGAAAUGUUUUCCUCCAGGUGACCACUGCCGGUCUUCGGAAUGUGUGGCCUGAUCGUGGCGAAUAUGUCAUUAGGGUAAUUAAUAAUGAUAUUGGUCACGCCCAUGCAAGCGAAGGGCUGCUUGUUUUCUCGAACCCUGCGAACUUAUACGUGUUUUGUAUGAAAACACUGACUCCGGUAGCUACUCUCUGCCUUGCAGAUGCGAUCUCAUGUCUUUUGGUUUUUUCGUCAAGCAGUCUUUUGGUCGGUACGUGGGGUUCAUGCGCCGUACAUCUUUACGAGUUGCAUGACGGGAUGAUUCAGUCGAAGGUCAUUUUGCAGUGUUCUGCCACGCCGUGCUCCAUGUGUGUAGUAUUUCACAGCGGAGGACACCGCCUUCUUGUGGGUUUGCAUAACGGUUACGUUGCUGAUGUUCCUAUCAGUGGUGCAAACGUGUGUGGGGAAAUGGUGGAGACGAUGUUAACUACACAGCCCGUGCGACUAUUUAAUUUAGAGAGUCAUGCCGCCGUUUUGUGCCUAGGAGAGAUUCCACUUAUUCUUAUCGUUACCAACACCGGCUUCCAGUUAACAGGAAUUGAUUUCCGUGACGUUUCUGCGUGCGCAAUCAUGCCGAAAAUGCGGUCGCCGUCCAGGUACAUAUUCUUCUCCAAGAGUGAGUGUGCGCUCAUUUUAGGAAGCAUCACUAGUGUACAGAAACUAAACACGGAUUACGUUGGUUUGAAGGCGACGGCAACAUGUGUCAAGUACAUGCCCUGGUGGAAUGUCCUCGUUUUGUCCAUACGCCGAAUUGAAAAAGACCAGGUAGUGUCCACGAUGGGGCAUGAGGUUUCGAAUCUGUCAGUUUUGCUUGAUGAGCCUAACUCAUUUGAGCUGCUCGAAAAUGAACGGUGUGCGUUUAUCGAUUGUGUCGCACUUGGGCAGGCGAAUGAAUGGGGUUCUUGCGGUGAGGUGGCAAGUGAUGCGGGUGUUGUGCUUAUUGGUACGACAUUUGUUUUUCCAGACGAGCAACUCUCUCGGUCGAGCAGGUUCAUGUGGUGCACUGUCGAAGUAGCUAAGUUAAGAACAGAGAAAACGCUUCUGCGACUGCAAGGGAGCAAAGAUGUAGAAGGGGCGCUGCAGUGUUGUUGUAUCGUGCCCAACUAUGCGGGUCGGGUUGCAUUAGGCAUAGGUGGUUGUGUGGUGCUCUACAGCUGGAAUGCGGCGGAUGCCACGUUUGUGGCUGAGGAGACGAUUCAAAUUGGAACGCUCAUAGUCCGUCUUAUACCAGUGAUGCAGAAGGAAGUGUCGUACAUUGUCGCGUCAGACGCACGGCAUAGCUGUUUUUUUGUCCGGAUAGAUACCAUACAGGGGAGCCUCAACAUUGUAGCCAGGGAUCCUGAAUUGCGCGGUGUUAUGGACUGCGCCAUACUCCAGUACGAAUCUCGCCACGAUGUGUGCCUUGGGGAUGAUUUAUUCAAUUUUUUUUGUGUCUCUCACGUUGAGCCACUUGCAAAUUCCUCAGGAGUGUCAGCACCUGCGAUGCCCACCAAAAAGCUUCAGACAACUGCACAGUAUCACAUGGGCGACUUGAUAACUGUAAUGCACCAGGGUAGUUUUGCCCCUUGUUCAGUUCUAAAUGAUGUUGUGCCUAUACCUGCAACCCUCGUGCGAGGCGUGUGUGGGCCUCAAAUUGUGUAUGGAACCUCUCAUGGGGCUUUCGGUGCAAUAACGCCCAUUUCCAGUGAAACAUUUAUCCUUCUGAAAGGACUCGAGGUUUCUGUCGCCAGCGUCGUUCCUCCGCUUGGUGGGUUCACUCAUGCCUCUUUCCGCGAGGUGCUCCGCGUUGGACAGGAACGUGGCGCCAGCAGGAACGCUUCCUUUCAGGUGACCAACCCUCAGGCCACCGAACUGUUUAAUCGGCGCCGCCGCCGUUGUGUUCCGCGCGGUGUGUGCUGCGGCGAUGUGGUGGAAAUGUUUCUGACGCUAAGCGGUGGGGAUCAGCUGCGGGUUGUUCAGGAGGCUAACCAACAUGUUAGGCGGUGGUUUGCAUAUGCUUGGCCGACUCUAGAAGAGUAUGCCAUGUCAGAUUUAGACGAUUUUUCGUCUAACCAGGGGGAUGAGCUUGCGCCAGACCGCAUUGUUGAUGCCGAGAUAAAUUCCCUUCUAUUGAGGCAGGCCCUGCCUACGCUGUCACUCACAGUUGAGGCCGUGACUGCGUUUAUACAAACCAUCCAAAGAAUUCACUAG